GCCAGCAAGCAUGGACCUCACUGUCCUGUGGGUGCUCCUGCCGCUGGUCACCGUGGCCUGGGGCCAGUAUGGCGACUGGUACCCGUACCAGCAGUACCAGCAGUACCAGGACUACAGCGAUGACGGGUGGGUGAACCUGAACCGGCAGGGCUUCAGCUUCCAGUGUCCCCACGGGCAGGUGGUGGUGGCUGUGAGGAGCAUCUUCAGCAAGAAGGAGGGCUCUGACCGGCAGUGGAACUAUGCCUGCAUGCCCACGCCGCAGCGCCUGGGGGAGCCCACGGAGUGCUGGUGGGAGGAGAUCAACAGGGCCGGCAUGGAAUGGUACCAGACGUGCUCCAACAACGGGCUGGUGGCGGGCUUCCAGAGCCGCUACUUCGAGUCGGUGCUGGACMGAGAGUGGCAGUUUUACUGUUGCCGCUACAGCAAGAGGUGCCCGUACUCCUGCUGGCUGACGACAGAAUACCCAGGCCACUAUGGGGAGGAAAUAGACAUGAUCUCCUACAACUACGAUUACUACAUGCGAGGAGCGACCACCACUUUCUCUGCCGUGGAAAGGGAUCGCCAGUGGAAGUUYAUCAUGUGCCGCAUGACAGACUACGACUGCGAAUUUGCAAACGCUUAGAUCCGCUUCUGCCAGACCUGGGCGAAAGGAAGGGGCCUGGAGUCCCAAGUGUCCUGCGUGUGACUUCAGCCGGAACUCCCCCCCUCCCCCCCAGCUGUUUCUGCCGCUCUUUCUUCUCCCUGAUGCGGGAACAGCCGUGCCAGCCGCCUGGGCCCUUCUCAUGGCACCACAUUUAUAAGGACAUCCACAAUUAAGCUGCGUUUCUUGCUUUCAACAUAUCCCGUAGCAACUGUCUCCCAUGACUGGCCACACUCCCUGCAGGGCACGUGCCCACUGGGCUCCCAGGCGCCUCCUGAGGCCUGGCUCGCCUUGCUGCUGCUUUACUGUAAAAUGAGCUUUCAGUUCAGCACAGUGACCUGGGAGGGAGGGAAGGAGAGGGCGGGCGGGCAGAGCUUGGGGAGGGGUGUAGCACAGGUGCUCUCAGCUAAGUCUGUUGGAAUGACACCCAGGGUCCUCACAAAGCAGGCCUCUGCCUUGAAGUGACGUGUUUCCGCCCCCCUCCACAGGGUCUCUGUGCUCCAGGGACCUGCAGGUGAAAGGCGGGGUGGAGGGGGUGAGGGCAGAGUUGAACCUCCUCAACUCAAAGGCGAAGGUCCGUCUACCACCAUGAGGAUGUGUGCAGGGGCCACGGAGCCGUAGAAKCAUGUCAAGAGAAAGGUCAGAGAGUGGGACUCAGACUGGGAGCUUGGCGAGAUGAGCGUGGCCGGGUCGCUCUGGGGAAUGGGAAGUAGUGUGGGGUUACUGGCAGCCAGAGGCCAGCCCAGGACUCCCGGGGGGUGGUGGCACAUGCCUGCAGCCCUGGGGCCGCUGGCCAAGCCUCCUGCACUGGGCCUGGGUGACUGAGGAUUCCUGCCUAGGUUAGCACGGGGUGUCCUCUGCUGAGGUGAGACUCUCUCUUCCUCCUAUAUAUGUCUGUCCCUGGCCCUUKGUACUCUCUUCCUCAUAAAAGGAAUAAAAUUUUUAACAUGA